AUCACAUUUUAUUCACACGCAUCCCAGGAGGAAAGGAAGAAAUAAAAAGGUCAUCAAAAUGCCAGCCAACCUCUGUGGUACAUGGGACUUAAUCAGCAAUGUCAACUUUGAGGGCUACAUGAUUGCGCUGGGUAUCAGCCGUCCCGUCCGAAAGAUUGCUCUGAAAUUGAAGCAGAGGAAGGUGAUCGAGCAGCAGGGGGACCAGUACAUCAUCAAAACCAUCAGCACCGUCAAAAACUACACCAUCUCCUUUAGAGUGGGUCAGGAGAAUGGGGAGUUUACCCAGGGACUGGACAACAGACAUGUCAAGUCACUGGUGACAUGGGAGGGGAAUAAACUGGUGUGUGAACAGACUGGAGAGAAGAAGAACCGGGGCUGGGCUCACUGGAUGGAAGAGGACAAGCUACAUCUGGAGCUGUAUUGUGAAGGAGAAGUCUGCAAGCAGGUUUUUAAGAAGAAUGUGAACGAGUGAAGAGGAAUGAAAGUUGUAUUUCUGGAGAACUUACUAUGUGAUGAAAGGCACCAUGUGUUAGAUCCACCACUCUAAACCCUGAAAAACAAAAACACACCGAAAAGUUAAGUUUGUGGUAUUUCCUAUGUAAUGUGACUUGUGUCCGGGAGAGAAUAUCUUCCCUGUCAGGAUAUAGAUUUACACCACUAGAUGGCAUCACUGUAUUAUGUUUCAUAGCACCCUUUAUAUAAAGGGCGCUUAUGUUUCAGAUACAGGGCGACACUGGUCUGUAGCUAAGUGGUAAGCCUGUUUUUGGCUCCUUUAAGCUGGCUAAAGACUCAAUGCAGGCUCCAUUUAGUGCAAACGUUAUGUUUCCUUCAAAUCUCUGAUGAAGCAAAUUUGAAACCACAUUUUCUUUGCACUGGCUUGUGCUGUCCAUUUGCCAUUGAGCUAUUUGUAAAAAAAAUAUAUAUAUAUAUCUUUCAAUGCACAUACAUUAUAUUCAAUGAACAACAGAAAGUGAGGUGUAGUAUAUGUCGAAUACAGUUUUAUAUGAACCAUGUAUAAUAAAAUGGACUUUGAAAGAAA